AUUGAAGUCUUCUAUCUUACAAACCCUAACACCUCAGAAAAACUUUCGUGAAUUCUUCUCUCAAAAUGUCGAUGCAAAUCCUUAUUAAGAUUUUUACAGGCAAGACCUUAACUCUUGAGGUCGAAAGCUCAGACACCACUUGCAAAGUCAAAGAAAAGAUACAAGAUAAGGAAGGAAUCCCUACAUACCAGCAGAUGCUUGUCUUUGGAGAAAAAACGCUUGAGGAUUGCCGUACCUUGGCUAUUUACAAUAUCCAAAAUAAUUCAACUCUCCACAUGAUUCUCAGGUUUAGAGGUAUGAGAAUCUUCGUAAGUAUUCUUGAAGGCAAUGCCAUAAUGCUUGAGGUCAAAAGCUCAGACACCAUUGACAACCUCAAGGCAAAGAUACAAGAUAAGGAAGGUAUCCCUAACUACCAGCAGAGGCUUAUUUUUGCCGGGAAAAGCCUUGAGGAUGACCGUACGUUGGCUAGUUACAAUAUCCAGAGAGAGUCAACUCUCCACUUGAUUCUCAAAUUUAGAGGUAUGCGAAUCUUCGUAAAAAUCUUGUACAAGACCAUAACCCUUGAGGUCGAAAGCUCAGACACCAUUGGCAACGUCAAGGCAAAGAUACAAGAUAAGGAAGGAAUUCCUAUCCAAUAUCAGAAAUUGCUCUUUUGCGGACGUGUUACGAAGGAUGACUGUACCGUGGCUGAUUACAAUAUCCAAAAAGAGAAUGCUCUUGUAAUGGUUUUCAAUCUGGGAGGAAUUAUGAAAAUCUUUGUUAAGACUCUUACAGGCAAAACCAUAGCCCUUGAGGUCGAAGGCUUCGACACAAUUGACAUGGUCAAGGCGAAGAUCCAAGAGAGAGAGGGAAUCCCUCCGCACCAGCAGAUCUUGUUCUUUAAAGGUAAACAGCUCAAGGAUGGCCGUUUGGUGGAGAACAACAUCUGGAAGGAGUCAGUCCUUCACGUCUAUCGUUUAAGUGGUGGAAUGCAAAUAUUUGUGAAAACACUCUCUGGUAAAGUCACUGCCUUAGAAGUUGGGCGCUCAGACACCAUUUACAGUUUAAAGACAAUGAUUCAAGACAAGGAAGGGAUCGCACCAGACCGCCAGAGACUCAUAUUUGCUGGUAGACAACUGGAGGAUGAUUACAGGCUUUCUGAUUAUAACAUCCAAAAGGAGUCAACACUUCACCUUGUGUUUUCAACAAAAUAGACUUUUAUCUAUUCGUUUUUUUUU